UUUAUGUCAUUUUGUCGACGUAAACAAGCGCGGUAGUUAUCCUGUAUUUAUUGUUUAUUUUUAGAUAAACUCAAUUAAUUACCAUGUCGGCACACAACGUUAACGUCUGCGACAUCACAGACGAUGUGAAAGAAGUGUUAAAGAAGUUCAGAUUUCAGAAACACACGUCGAAUUCAGCACUCAUAUUAAAGGUGAACAGAGAGAAGCAGACCCUGGAGGUGGACGAGGAGUUAGAGAAUGUGGAGUUGGAGGAAUUGCAGGACAUCCUGCCCUCACACCAGCCACGGUUCAUUGUGUACAGCUACAAGAUGGAGCACGAUGACGGGCGUGUGUCCUUCCCGAUGUGUUUCAUAUUCUACACGCCCAGAGAUGCGCAUAUGGAGCUGCAGGUAAUGUACGCCGGCACCCAAAGGGCGCUAGCGGCGGCAGUGGGCGCCCCCCGUCUGCUAGAAGUGAGAGAAAUAGACGAACUGACUGCUGACUGGCUGAACGAAAAACUGAAGAAAUAGACUGACAAUCAGUGUCCAUAGGCGACGCCGAGUGCUUACCAUCAGGUGAUCCGUCUGCACGUUUACCGGCUUAUUCUAUAAAAAAGAAGAGCUUGCAUUUCUUACCAUACCUAUAUUUUUUUAAAUAAUUUGAAAAAAAAACAGAAAAUAUUUCAUAUUAAAACAAUUAACUGUUACUAACUAAGAACCUACUUUUUUCUUUUGUUCAUAACAUUAAAAUAUACUAAAUUAUAUAUUUAACAUACAAAAGCAUUCGAAACGGCUGGUAUCACGCAUUCAGCUCGUAUUUAUGAGCCCCGAUCGUGGUUUGAAACUAGUUGAGUAUCCUCGAAUAGUUAUGGAAGCAGUAUAUUGUAUUUAUAUUAGCAUAAGUGAUAAGAUAACAUUAUAUAUGUUAAUAUGUGUGUGUAUUAGAAAUAAUAUAUUUAGGCUACAUAGAUUUUUAUAUGAUAUAGAAUGUUAAAUCUUAUUAUUUAGCGAUAAAGUAUUUUUUUCUAUAUAUAAAGCUUAGUUUAAGUCAUUUUUGACACCUCUGCCGAUCCCUUGGAGGUUUUCGGUGUUCUUAGCAUUUAUUCGUCUGUUUUUUGCCAUAACUAAUAUAGUUUUAAUAAUAAUUCUAGCAUUUUAUAGGCAAUAGGGAAGAUGACUAAUUUCUAUUUUACUGUUCGUUUGGUAGAUUAUUUAAAAUCAUUAGACACGUAUUUUUUAUUUUCUUACA